GUACUCUAGGAAUUAAAUGGAAGAAAAUUGUAUUGGAAAUGGUCGCUUUCGUUUCAGGAUACAGUGGUGAAGUUCAGUCUACUUCAAGUAUUACUCGUGGCGAGACGCGCGUUUAACGUAACGCACGAAAGAUCGAGGCGCAUGAAGGUACUGAAAAGUUUUCGAAGUAUAUCUGUGUGAGAAAAACUAUGUAAAUUGAAAUGUUAUUGUUGCAACAUUCGGGUGAUUAGUUGAUUCCUCAUUAUAAGGAAAAGUUCAAUUUGCAACACCAUCAGACUUAGCCACGCAUGACGAAACAUGGAGAGCGCAGACAACAAUAUCACAUCAUAUGAUGAUUUAAUUUACCCAAGCGAGCUAUCCUUACAAAGAGAAUUCAUUACCAAAGACACAGCCGGCAACAUAACGUGGCCCAUAGAGAAAUGUAUAAAGAAUCUCUUAAUCGACCAAAAGACUGACGACAUAACUAACCGCAACUUUAUGUAUAAUGGUACUCUGCUAAGAUGUUUAGACCAUGCACCUGUUAUGACAAAAAGCACUAUAAUUAGAGCGAGUGUGCUCUCAGCUAUGGCACUUUUGUCUUUAUUUGGUAAUAUAGCUACUAUCAUAAGUUUGAAGAGAGGUAAACGGAGUAGAGGACGAGCUCGGCCGUCGUGGACUGCAAUAUACAGUUUGAUAUUUCAACUGAGUAUAGCAGAUUUACUAGUCACUGUAUUUUGCAUAGCUGGGGAGGCAGCGUGGUCUUUCACAGUGCAAUGGUAUGCUGGGAAUAUAGCCUGCAAAUUGUUCAAGUUUCUGCAAAUGUUUGCUUUAUAUUUGAGCACGUUUAUACUGGUCCUCAUUGGUGUAGACAGAUGGCUGGCUGUGAAGUAUCCAAUGAAGAGUAUGGCCACGGCGACGAGAAGUGGAAGACUGGUUAUUAUUGCGUGGGUGCUGAGUUUCCUUUUUAGUAUCCCACAGAUCAUAGUGUUUCGAGUAGCCAAAGGUCCCUUUGUCGAAGAGUUCUACCAGUGUGUCACAUAUGGAUUCUAUACAGAACGAUGGCAGGAACAAGCGUACACGACAUUAUCCCUCAUCUUUAUGUUCAUACUACCUCUUGUUAUAUUAGUUUCGACAUACGUCUCCACUGUUCGAACCAUUGCAAAAAGCGAGAAAGUAUUCAAACCUGAAGUAAUAAGACACGAGAAAUACCUGACCCCAGAUAUGAAUAGACGGAGACUCAUAGACCGAGCUAAGAUGAAGUCUCUCAGAAUGUCUGUAGUUAUUGUUGCAGCCUUCAUCAUUUGGUGGACACCCUAUUAUAUUAUGAUGAUUAUAUUCAACUUCCUAGAUCCCGAUAAAGACCAAAGUGAAGAACUUUUAUCGGGAAUUUUCUUCUUCGGGAUGUCCAAUAGUCUAGUCAAUCCAGUUAUUUAUGGAGCUUUUCACCUGUGGCCAAGGAAAAAACCUUCAAGACAUAGUGACAGAGAAUCUGGCGGCAACCACGCAUCCCUUCUCCGUCGAGGCGACCACACAUCAUCAGUCAGGCUGACCACUAUAAGGUCCUUGCGGUCCUCAGCCAAAUACUCCAAUGGACACAACGUCAGUCUUUUAUAACAAGCAAGACGUUAUCAAGAGGAGACUGUACGUGAAACGGAAUUGUGCCAUUUUACUAGCAAGCAGAUAAAUUGUGUGAUUUGCAUGGACACUAAAUCGUGUGAUUACGUGGAUAUGUGCGUGUAAGCUUGUAUAAAGCAUUUCGUGUAAAGUCAUACACACUUCGUCGUACGUUACGCAUUUUUGUCGUAUGUUAACGCAUUUGUUUCAUCAAAUUAGAUUAAUGUACUGCAGUACAUUGACUAUGUUGGAGAUAGUUUGAAUGAUGCACAAAAUGCGAGUGUAGGAUAUAAUUAUGUGUACUAUCAAAACCUAGAUGUUGCUGUCCUAGUUUGUAUGUGGAACUAAUGUUUUAGAAAUAAGUGAAGAGAUUAGUAGCGCUAUUAAACAUUUUGGAUAUUAUAAA